UCCCCAACGACCAACUGCUGCAGCCUCGGCUCCCCGCACUGUGGGGCAUCCUCGAGGGAACUUGAUCCCCACCUUGUCCAGCCCAGAAACCUGCCAGGAUUUCUCACCUCCCCGCAGUCACCACCAGCAGCUCCCACACUGCUCUGGGGUGCCCAUGGGCUGGACAAUGAGGCUGGCCACCGCAGCCCUGUUCGUGGGCCUGGCGAUGGUGGCCGCCGGAUCCCAGAAGGCGCAGCAGAAGUGUGCGCCCGAGCCCGUGAAUGCCACGGACGCUGACUUCUGCAAGGGCCUUGAAGUUUUCUACCCAGAGUUGGGAAACGUCGGCUGCAAGGUUGUUCCUAGCUGCAACAGCUACAGACAGAAGAUCACCACCUGGUCCCAGCCGAAAGUCAAGUUCCCGAAGGCCUCGGAGAGUGCAACCUACAUCCUGGUGAUGGUGGAUCCAGAUGCCCCUAGCAGGGCUUCACCUCAAGCUCGGUUCUGGAGACAUUGGCUGGUGACAGAUGUCAAAGGCGUUUACCUGCAGGAAGGGACGAUACAGGGCAAGGUGUUAACAACCUACCAGCCUCCCACCCCACCACCCAAAAGUGGCUUCCAUCGCUACCAGUUCUCCAUCUAUCUCCAGGAAGGAAAGGCCAUCUCUCUCCUUCCAGAAGAAAACGCAGCUCUAGGCUUUUGGAAAAUGGAACAAUUUCUGAGUCGCUUCCACCUGACUGAACCUGUAGCAAGCACCCAGUUCAUGACCCAAAAUUACGAGGACUCGGUAGAUGCCCAAGUCUCGUCAGAUGCCCAUGUUCCCAUACGAGGAAGCAGUAAGCCCAAAGACAAGCUCAAGACGUCAGGCUUCGCCUUACUGGUGUGUGUCCACUUUGCCCACCACCUAUAGUCUGGGUAUGAAACCCCUUCUCUUCCAAAUUAAAAAAAGAAUUGUCCAGGG